ACAGAACCAAAAAAGACAAAAAAAAAAACUCUGGUGCAAAUUUCCGUGGAACUAUGGAAGGCGCAGCGUAAAGAAUCUCAACGAAGUGUUGCUCUUCCUUUUCCUUCUGUGCUUCUAAUAAUUCUCUCGUACGUACAUAUAUUCUAUGAUUUCUAUAUUAUGUCUCCGUUAUAUAAGUCAAGUCCACAAAUUCUUUCACAAUAAUCCCUCCUGUUCUCCGUCUCCGUCACCGUUCAAUCGGAUUACGUCUCACACGAUGUCCUGCUCCCGUCAAACUGCUGCUUUCCCUACUGUUAGGACUGUUACUAUACCCUACUCCGAUCUCAAGGACAAGAAUGUAGACUUAUCGAUGAAAAUUGAGGAAGGUUUUGGACCUAAUGGACUCGGGAUUUUAUCAAUUACAGAUGUGCCUGGUUUUCCAUCAUUGCGUCGAAAUCUUCUACAUCUUUCAUCAAGAUUGGCCAGCCUUCCUGAAGAGAAGAAAAAGGAGCUUGAAGAUCCAAAUAGUAGGUACAACUUUGGAUGGAGUCAUGGAAAAGAGAAACUUGAAUCUGGGAAACCUGAUCUGUUUAAAGGAUCCUUUUAUGCGAAUCCAGUUUUAAAUGUGCCCACAACUGAUCCCCAAUGCAUACAACGGUAUCCUCAUUAUUGCGGAUCAAAUAUAUGGCCUGAUAGCAUUUUGCCAGAACUGGAAAUUGCUUUCAAAGGGCUUGGGAAGCUGAUCCUUGAUGUUGGAGUGAUGCUAGCUUAUCACUGUGAUCAAUAUGUAUCCAAGGGGAUGAAAACGAAUAAAAAUGAAAGCCUUGAACAGAUACUUCUUCGCUCUCGGUGUCAUAAAGGCCGUUUGCUAUAUUAUUUCCCAGCACAAAAGAGGGAGUAUAUCCAAGAUGGUCACUCUGUAUCAUCUUGGUGUGGAUGGCAUACAGAUCAUGGGUCGCUCACAGGUCUGACCUGUGCCAUGUUUAAGGGAGAUGGUGUAGAAAUACCUUGCCCUGAUAGUGCUGCUGGUCUUUAUAUUAAAACACGAACUGAUCAAAUUGUGAAAGUUAUAUAUGGAGAAGAUGAGAUAGCAUUCCAAGUUGGUGAAACCACUGAAAUAUUGUCAAGAGGUUAUCUUUGUGCAACACCUCAUUGUGUCCGGGCACCUAAAGGACAGGAGGCUUCUGGUGUUGACCGAUCAACAUUUGCAUUAUUCAUGCAACCUGAUUGGGAUGAAAUGCUCAACUUUCCCGACGAUAUGCAUAUUCACGAAGAGCUGAUGCUGGCCAAUUGUUCUAUCAAAUUUGGAGAAUAUACUGAGAAGUUGUUGGACAAGUAUUACUCGCAAACGUAAAGGUCACCUGUUAGUUUUGUUAAUACCGAAUAAGAGCUAUUGAUUAUUAGAAAUAAAUUCCCUUUGUUGAUCUAAUACUUGAGGGAUAAAAGAAACCAAAAAAAAAAAAAAAGUCCUUUUAUUAUUUGUUAUAACAUUGCUCUUGGCUUGUUUUUUACAACUGGAUUUCAGUUAAUUUCCCAUUUGUUCAGUUUUCUUUUCUUUAUUUUAAAGUGGUGGCUACCUCCAGAUUUCUCUUUC